AUGCACUGCUCGACUUGCUAUACUUAUGUUGAGGACGAUUCACCACCAAUGGAAGAUGACUCAGGCUCACAGCACCACUCUGCCCAAGAGCCUCAAAGGAAAAAAAAGCAAUGGGGCAAUUCAUGGACCACACCCAACUGGAACAGCUACAUCUCAGAAACAAUUGCCAAGGACAAAGAUCACUACAAGGUCCAUGUCAUUCACAACCCAUUCAUGGAAGAUGUGCACACAGAUGACAGGUUUUUCACUGGGCCCAUCACUUCAGCUGGUCUUGGGGCUGCUGAGGAUCUCCUUCAAGAAAUGGUUUGA